UGCAUCUUUCUAUAAAAGUUUAGAUGUUUUAACCAAUGUGGAAUGAUGUGUGAAGGGAUGAGCUCCUGGACUUUGACCCACCAGUGUGUCCUGGUGCUGUUCAUCUACUGUAUGCCAAUAUGUCAAGCCUUUCUUCCCAACUUCUGGUCACGUGUACUAACGUUGUCCUGGGAUUCAUACACACACCAGUACAUGACAGAACAGGCUAUAAUGAACAUCACAAUGGAAACUCUGAGCAGAAUGAUGGAACUUCAACAUGAUGUAGAUAUUGAGGAGCUGUAUACUGGGCUUGGUCGAGGGUUUUGGCAUGCAAUGGGUGAGGUAGCAAGUGCUAACGCUGAAAUGGAUUUCUUGAGCUCCACAUGCUCUGAUCCAGUCUACCACUUUGACUCUGAGAGAGUGGAAGGAGCCACACAGAUGCUGCGAGAGUUCUGGGGCCAGACAGUUCUGCUGACCCAGGCUAAAGAGUACCAGGGGGCCAGACGUAGCCUGGGUCAGCUUUUCCAUUCGUUACAGGACUUUUACAGUCACAGUAACUGGGUGGAGAUGGGUCAGCAAACAGUGUACCUCCACCUUCUGCACCCAGAAGAGCCUUCAGUUCCUGUAGCCUCAGAGGACACCCCUACCUGUGCAGAGUGCUACAGAUUUAGCUGUUACAGCAAUUUGUUGGAGGAAAUGAUUCAUCAGACAGAACCUCUACUGACUACUGGUUAUUUCAGCACUUACCCUGUCAAACCACCAG